AUGCCUCCCCCCCUAGCCGACAGGAAAUCCCGGACAAGAGAGCACUACCCCUUCCUGCUGGACUACCGAACUAGAUGGAACGACAACGACAUGUACAACCACAUGAACAACUCCGUCUACGACUUCCUGUUCGACUCCGCCGUGAACGCGUACCUCCUGGAGCACUGCGGCCUCGACCCGCGCAGCGCGCCGCAGCACCCGGUGGUGGUGCGCACCAGCACGGACUACUGCGCGCCCAUUGCGUACCCCGCCGUGGCCGAGGUCGGCGUCCGCGUGGCCAGGCUGGGCCGCUCGAGCGUCGCCUUCGAGCUGGGGCUGUUUGAGCAGGGCGUCGGGGGCGUCAAGGCCGUGUGCGAUUUUGUGCACGUCUUUGUGGACAGGGCGACGGGGCGGCCGGCCGCGGCGGGCAUGGCGCCGCAUGUGCGGAGGGGCUUGGAGAAGCUGUGCCGGGGGGAGGAGGCGGCUGAUGGCCGGAGCAGGCUGUGA